UCCGGCCAUGAUGUUUCUUCCUGCUUUGUGGCAAAGAACAACAUCAAGUGAGCGCAGGAUGUGGUGGGAGGCUCAUUGUGACUGAGCUUUAGUUGGAAGAUGAUGAAGACCGGCAUCGUGUUUUAUCUUGUGGCUCUUUGGCUCUUGGAGGUCAAUGCAGAUGUGAGCUUCGUGCAGCUGGUAGGAAAGCAAUCUCUGGAGCUCUCGUGCCCCCUUCAGCAGGAACGCGGCAACCUGACCACUCUCCACCUGUACCACCGCCGAGGCUCCGCUCAGCGCACCCUUCUGUCCCUGGGUCCAGGGGGCCAGCUCAAACUGGACCCCGACUACAAGAGCCGUCUGAACCUUUCGGGUGGGUGCAACUCGUCAGCGCUCAAGGUCAACCUGUCGCACUUAGACCAAAGCGACUCGGGAAUGUACGUGUGUGAAAACCCGGACGAGGGCGUUUCUGCCACUCAGCUCUUCUUGCUGGUUGAGGCCUCAGGGUGUCAGUGCUCUUCCCUCUACCCCCCUCUGCUCAUGGCCAUCUUUUCCGCGACGGUCCUCAUUUUCAUCUUGCUCUUGUGGCUCGCUCUGGGAGAUUGUGUGAAGGCCGAUCGUCCUCCUCCCACCGGGCCGGCUGCUGUUCCUAUUUAUGAGGAAAUGAGCAGGAAGGAGGAAAACUCUGGAGUCCCCCCGAACAACGCCCUGGAGGAGGAGCUCACCUCUCCAUUGCAUGCUAACACCCUUUUGAGACAGUCGCAGGAAAACUACUAUGCCUGUCCCAGACACAUCAAACUCAAAGCCUGAAUGGAAAAAGAACAAAUCUUUUUGAAACAGCCGAGAAAAAUCGCUAUUUUAUUCAUAUCUGAAAGAAGCUCCAUAGUUCAUGAAAACAUUUGUUUUUCGGUGCAUGUCGUUUGAACAAUCACAUUCUAUGAGAAGAAGAUAUACACAGAGAAAAAUCAAAAUAAAACAUUACAAGCCACUGACUUUGAAAAUCAAUAAAUCUCAGUACAGACAUUUCUUUUCUCUUAAUACGCCCCCCCACGGAAAAAGCAGCCCUAAUUCCAAACACCCACUGAUCCCCCCCCUUUGAAGAAAAAAAAAAAAAGAAUCCUCGUAAAAACCUUGAGGGUGACAGGCUGGAAUCCCACAGUGCUAAAGAGUGAGACGCUCAUUGGUUUAUAGGAAUACACAGCAUGGCGAUGUGACUGACGCUAGGUCGAUCGGAACCAGGGGACAAACAUAUUCAAAUGAACAAUACGCAUACUGGACACCCCCGCCCCCCCCCCCAAUAAAUCAACCACGCCAGUGUAGGCCAUGAAAUGGCCAUCCUCCGACCCUUGUGCAUAGUUUCGUGUUCCUUUACAACCAGCUCCUCGUUUUCACAAACAUCCUUUGCCGUGCGAACAAAUGUUCUGCAAAAACUCAUCGUUUCAUGUGACACACACACACACACA